UCCGGCAGCGCGCCAGUGGGGAGAAAGAGAUGGUGUUUACUCAGAACCUGCUCCUGGAGUACGCCAACCAGACCGCUCAGGUGGUGCCCCUGAGGGCCACAGUGGCCGUGCCCGAGCUGCAGCUCUCCACCAGCUGGGUGGACUUCGGGACCUGCUUUGUGAACCAGGGGCAGGUCCGGGAGGUCGACCUCAUGAACCUGAGCGGCUGUCGGAGCUACUGGGCUGUGCUGACGGGUAGGUUGUACCUGCCCACCACUUCCCCCGCAGGCUGGCACCACCUGGGGGUUCCCGCAGAUGGCCGGUUCCCAGAUCCCAAGUGAUCCCAGGGUGCCUCGCCC